UGUGCGAGGUUGGGUGUGCGUGCUGUCACAGGCAGAUAUUCAAGGGCAGCUAAGAGUGAGCUUGAGCGCUCUGCUUCCACGGGGGGAGAGAAAGGCUGCUGCUGAAAGUACAAGCUGGCAGGAUCAUGACAGAGCCAAGCAGCAGAAAGGAAGGAUUUAAAAAAUGCCGGAGUGCUACUUUCAGCAUCGAUGGCUAUAGCUUCACAAUUGUUGCAAACGAGGCAGGUGGCAAAAAUGCACGACCACUUUCACGAUUUGCCCGGUCUAAAUCACAAAACUGCUUGUGGAACACCAUUAUCGGUGGUCUGACCGGCAACCUCAAGGAAAGGCCAAAGCCGACCAUCAUCAGUGACCCUAGACCUCCUGAAGAAAUCUUAGCAGAUGAACUACCGCCAGUGGACAGUCCUGAGGCAUUGGUGAAAACGUCUUUCAGAUUGCGGUCUUUGGUAAAGCAGUUAGAGAGAGGGGAAGCUUCGGUUGUAGACCUAAAGAAAAAUUUGGAAUAUGCUGCGACUGUUCUUGAGUCGGUAUACAUUGACGAAACUAGGCGAUUACUGGACACAGAAGAUGAGCUCAGUGACAUCCAGUCUGACUCUGUGCCCUCGGAGGUCCGGGACUGGUUGGCUUCUACCUUCACACGGCAAAUGGGGAUGAUGCUCAAAAGGACGGAGGAAAAACCCCGGUUCAGGAGUAUCGUCCAUGCAGUUCAAGCUGGGAUAUUUGUGGAAAGAAUGUACAGACGGACUUCAAAUAUGGUCGGUUUGAGCUACCCACCAGCUGUAAUUGGAGUGCUAAAGAAUGUAGACAAGUGGUCCUUUGAUGUAUUUGCACUAAAUGAUGCCAGUGGGGAUCAUGCACUGAAAUUCAUUUUCUAUGAACUUCUCACACGCUAUGAUCUGAUCAACCGUUUCAAGAUUCCCAUUUCUGCCCUGGUGUCCUUUGUGGAAGCUCUGGAGGUUGGCUACAGCAAGCACAAAAACCCAUAUCACAACCUAAUGCACGCCGCAGAUGUGACACAGACAGUCCAUUACCUCCUUUUCAAGACAGGCGUAGCGCACUGGCUGACAGAGCUGGAGAUCUUCGCUAUGAUCUUUGCAGCUGCCAUCCAUGACUAUGAACACACUGGAACCACCAACAACUUUCACAUCCAGACACGGUCAGACUCAGCCAUUCUCUAUAAUGACCGAUCUGUGCUUGAAAAUCACCACGUUAGUGCGGCGUAUCGUCUUUUGCAAGAUGAUGAAGAGAUGAAUAUUUUAUCUAAUCUCUCAAAGGACGACUGGAGGGAAUUCAGAGCUCUAGUGAUUGAAAUGGUGUUGGCCACCGAUAUGUCCUGUCACUUCCAGCAAAUCAAAGCCAUGAAGAAUGCUUUGCAGCAGCCAGAAGGAAUUGACAAGCCGAAAGCCUUAUCACUGUUGUUGCAUACAGCAGAUAUCAGUCAUCCAGCCAAGGCCUGGGAUCUCCAUCAUCGCUGGACCAUGUCUCUGCUAGAGGAGUUCUUCAGACAGGGUGACAAAGAAGCAGAACUAGGGCUUCCCUUCUCUCCACUGUGUGAUCGCAAGUCUACUAUGGUUGCUCAGUCUCAAAUAGGUUUCAUUGAUUUCAUUGUGGAACCCACUUUUACUGUGCUGACUGACAUGACUGAGAAGAUUGUGACUCCGCUCAUCGAUGAAGCUUCCCGUUCUGGCAUGUCUGGGUUCAGGCGUUCCAGUCUGAAUAGCAUUAAUCCCUCCGAAGUUAAAAGAUCAAGUGUCAAGAGCACUGGGUCCGAAGGAAGUGCCUCACUCAACUGCUCCAUACUCACUGUGGACUUCAAAUGUUUUAAAGCCACCUGGACUGAGGUGGUGCAGCAGAACCGGGAGAAAUGGAAAGCGCAAGCCACCAAAGAAGAAAAAGCUAAGAAAGAAGCAGAGGAAAAUGCUCAUCAGGGAACAGAUGAAAAGAAAGCAGAUGAAAAGGAUGAGAAGAAGCCAGCUGAAGAUGCCACAGCAGCAAAGACAGAGAACAGCAAAGAACCAAAUCCUGGGGAAAACAAAAGCGCAGAUUCCAAUAAGAAUCAUGUAAAUGGGACUCGGCAAACUGGGGUGAACAAACAUGAAGCCUCUCAAGGGAAAAAUGCACCUAGGACAGAUAAGGGAACGGACUCUUAUCACGCAGCAGGAGAAGAGAAACAGCAUGUCCAGAAUGGUGAAUUAAAGGAAGACAGUAAGUUGGACAAAAAAGAUCAGUCCGGUGUGGGGGAUGAAUCAAAGAAAACAGAUGAUACGGAAGAAUAAAAAUAUAUUUAAAAAGAGACUGCAAAUUUCUUUCAUCAUUUUAGCUGAGCUUCUUCAUUCCCGUUCUCCUCCUCCUUCCGCAAAGACCAGUUUCUGGGGAAGGCGUUAAACAACUUUCAAAACACUCCUCCUCCCACUGGCUACUUCACAGCUAAUGACUCUGGGUUCUAGGGUGGGGGCCUUGGUUUUUUGGGUCAGUUUUAUUUUUGUUUGUUUGUUUGUUCAUGUAUGUGUGCAUUUUUUGUUGUUUCUUGAAGUUUUUUGUUAAAAAAAAAAGUGGUGAUUUCCUGAUGCAAAUGGCUCCAUUUUUCUGGACAGGUCAAGCAAAUAGAUGACAGUCAUCUUCAAAAGCUGGUAUUGCCCUUUGCUAUGCCUCAAGCUUGUGAAACCAACAUUAGGAUGAUGCAAAAGAAUAUAUAAAAAAAAAAAACCAAGAAAGAAAACUUGUUAAUACUUCACUUUUACUCUUUUUCUUUUCCCUGAGAGCCUUUUCCAAUUGCUGGUAGACAGAAUUUGACAUCAGUUUUACCCUCGCUGUAGAAGAUUUUAUUAAUAAGGAUGGCGAAUUGGUAGAGUCAUUUGACCAUUUGUUAGGAUUUGAUGUCUUUCCCAGAUGAUGCAAUGGUAGCAAAAUGUUUUUGUUUCUAAACAGCAGGCAGACUCACUCAACCCUUGAUUUUGUUCUGGUUUUGCAGUUAGUAAUAGGAAAGGAAUAAUCAAUGAAAGCAAUAUUCCCUUGGGGCAAAUUUUGUUGUCAGACUCUUAAGAGCAUGCACUAAUGUCCUGCUUGAUGUGCCUGCCUUAACUUGAUAUUACAGUUAAUGAGCUGUUUCCCACAUUUGUUCAUGGGCUACUAGUAACCACUCUUUGUCAGACCUGAAGAUCUAAGUGGAGAAGGGCAGCAGGGAAUCACACGGAUCGAUUCUUACUUUCAUCUCAGUGUGGUCUUUCUUUCAUCACUGACUGAAUGGACAGGCCAAAGAAAAGAAAAAGCAUUGCUGGAGAAGUAUGGACAGACAAAACCAAAAUGAAAAAGUGUGUCCUAAAUACACUGCUGGAGUUGGUGGGUAAAACUGUCUUAUCCAGUGAAGUUAGACACAUGGAAAGUAGCCAUCAUUUCAGCCCAUUUUAAAGAAGAAAUGUUAAAAAACUAACUUGCUUAGACCUUGAUUCAGGAAGGUAUCUUUGUAUGAGAAACAUCAAACAUGUAUGUAAGUGCUUUUCUGGCUUGGGAUCUUGGUAGGGAUCCAGUUAAUUGUAAGUAAUUUUACCUAUCUAUGUGGAAAUCAAGACGCAUACAUACACAUACAACUGUUUUUUGCCUAACUCCUUUUUGUUCAGGAUGAGGUCUUGCUGUGUUAGUCGUGUAUGUAUUUUAUAAGGACUCAGACUGCUGUUAUGGCUCUUUGCUAUGUAGAGAACACGCAAAACAUUGGCUUAGGAAAGUAAAUCUUCAGAGUUUCUUUUUCAUGUUCAAAAGCACAGGACUUUACCACCAGCCUAUAUUAGAGCUUGGGUCUCUGUUCCUGCUUAAACUGUGCAUGUACAGGGACGAGCUUCCCGCAACACUAGCAAAGAUCACAGCAGUGAGCUCAGCCUAAAUCCACAUUUAAACGUGAAUACCUUCUCACUCAGGAGUGUUUGUAUCUGGGAUUUUGAUUACUGAGGCUAGAGACUUUUUGAGUUCUUUUUUUGGACACUGGAGUUUGAGUUUGUUCAAAGCCAGAGAUUUAGAUUAGGUUCAUGCUGUGAAAAGGUUGCACUUUAAUCACAAAAAUAACUCUUGCAGUUCUUAGAAUUCGCAGUUGGCUUCACUGAACCAGCUUGUUUAAAUAAAAUAAAUAUAAGGGCACAUAGUGUUCCAAUUUGUGAGCUCCUGGUUCAAUCUGGGGUAGAUUUUCUGAGGAAAGCAGGGUGCUGGGAGGACAGUGGCUCUGCAGUCAGCGCCAACCACACUCCAUGUUGUGUGACAGGCAGAGGGCUGUGUCACCACGUAGCACUUUCCCACCUUGCCUUUCUCCCGCUCCAUCAGCAUUCAGCCCUGCUAAGAGUGGUAGAAUAUGACUUCCAGUCCUGACCAGGCUCUUUGAAGGCACAUUGAUGAAAUAUCAAUAAUGCAGAACUAAAAUACCGCAGCAGUGAGUCAGUCCCUGCUUAGUCAGACUUCUCCCUGAAGUCAGGGGGGAACAUAUCCUCACCAAGUGUUUGGUCAGAGGUGCAGGAUGAUUUAGUCAAUAUCUUUUAAGUUACCCUUACCUAAUGUUCAGUGACUAAAGAUGCCUUAGAUUAUGCACAGUAGAAGAAUAAUAAUAAUUAAAAAAACCUAAAUAUUUUUCUUCAUCUGUUUCUGUUAUAUAUUUUUUUUCUUUCUGGGAAUGACUUCUUUCAGACAGCGAAGCCAGACUGCUUAAUUCACGGCUGGUCAGUCCUUGUUUCUCGUGCACUGCCACAAAGGUGUGAAAUCAGACUGGAAAAUGUUUUUCCUCGAUUGUUAGGGUUAUUUACCACGGGCACAAGCUAAUAAGGGAAGUGGUGGGUUUGCUGUCCCUUGGGGACUGCAGAUCAGAGCUGCCAUUCUAGAAUAGAUGCUAUAGUCAAAGUUACUGAUCUCAGCACACAGGUAUGCAGCAAAAUCUUUUGCAGUAUACAGGGAGUCAGAGCUAGCUCAAACAUUCUCCUGCUCUUUUAAAAUCAUUUGAAUAAGCUACAGUGGAUUAUUAGCAUUUUUUAGAAUUUUUUGUUGUCAUGUAAAAAAAAUCCCCAUUAAAUCUAUUAGCUUGGAAAUAUAUAAAGUGAAAGUGAAAUCUAGAAAUUGAAAUCCUACAAAGAGACUAGGGCAGAUGAAAGCAUCUGUUGUGGGGUCCCCUCCCAGGGUCUCAUGUACAUUGCCCUACUCUGCCCCCCUCACCUCCUGGAACACUGUGCAGCGUUGUGCUAGUGCAUUGUGAGCCAAGGAAUGGUAUGUGUAGACACCUCCCAGUUAAACUAGAGAUCAGCCACUGUGCAAUUGUGUAAAAAAAUAAUAAAAAUUAAAAAAAAAAAUUACAGAACUGCUUUCUCUUAUUUUAUUCUACAAAAGGAAACCAAAGAGAAAAAAGUGGAAAAGGAUUAGGUGUUCAUCAGCUAAUGGCCUAUGUUUAUAAAGAAUGAGAAAGGAUUUCUGUUCUUACAUCCUUACCUAACGUUCCCUAGAUAUAUAGAGUUAUGUUUUCAGAUGCCUGCCUUUUCCAUCCUCAGUAAGACUAUACAAGAAAUUAAUAAGCCCGAAACUUUGCAAAUAUAGGGCCCAUACCGUUGGCCUCAUGCUGAAAUUCUACAGAAUUGUUCAGGAGCACCCACCAGUAGGCACAAAGGGGUCUUCUGGUGCCAGAGUGCUGCUUACGGAGGGCAGCAGAGGCUGGGAAGCUGUGUUGAUAAAGACAGCACUCUUCUGCCUCUGCGCAGGGACUGCUGGUGCUCUCAGAAAGCCCUGCCUUGCUGGAAGAGCACCAGGCAUCUUCUGCUUCCCAGAAACUGUUUUGUAACUUGAGAGGGAGAAUCCAGGCACUUUAUCCUCUUAAAACAGGGAGGGAGGGAUACCAUUGCAAGUAUCCCUAUCAGGUUUUUUUCCUUUAGCUGGGACUGGUGUUCAGGGAAUUAGCAGACCUUUGACUCAUGGUGACAUAGUGCUUGAACUCCUGGACACACUAUGAUUUAAUAAAAAAAGAAAAGCAAGCAAUAUGUUUUUAUAGAGUCAUAGAAUAGUUUGGGUUGGAAGGGACCUUUAAAGGUCAUCUAGUCCAACCCCUCCUGCAAUGAGCAGGGACAUCUUCAACUAGAUCAGGUUGCCCAGAGCCCCGUCUAGCCUGACCUUGAAUGUUUCCAGGGAUUGGGCAUCUCUCUGGGCAACCUGUUCCAGUGUUUCACCACCUUCAUUGUAUCCUGUUCAUUAUUUAGAUGGCUCAAAGGGUGACAGUUCUUUGGGCUGCACUCAAUCAGUGAUUUGAACCGUGCGUUUCUGUGACAACAUGCAAGAAGUGUUCACACACAUGAAAGAAGGGAUUUGUCUAUUUUUAAAUUAAUGUUUUUAAAUGUAAAAACCUGUGAUGCACCCUCUCAAAAUGCUUAAGUCAACCAGCUUUCUUUACAAAUGACACAACAUUUUUUUUUUCAAGUUAUAUGGUCAGAUGUCUAUGUUUAAAUAUAAAAAGAUGGUGGACGUCACUAAUGUUUUCCAUGUUUGAGAAAAAAGAUGGAUGCCAGAAGCCAACUUUUUUUUUUGCUGAUGAUAAAAUAGGUGGUAGAUUAAAAAAAGAAAUUUUGCAAUUUUAGACUUAAAACAUAUUUCAGAGUAGUCAAUCUAGGCAGACUGAUGCUUACCUAAAAGUGCAGCCUUUUGUAUAGCUCCAGCUAGUGUAAACACACUAUGUAUUAAUACAGUAGGAUGUUUAGCAUCAGAAUGAAUCUGGAAUUUGGGAGCUUGGUUCCUGAUGGGUGAAUGAAGGAGGCAAAUUCCUUUUUCUCAUUGUUUCUUUUUUUCAAGCACAGAUUUUGUGGUUGGAGAGAAACUUUCCAAAGUGUGGUUGGUUAUGCCGGAGAAGAAUGGUAUAUGGUGGUGUUUUGCAAACUACCUUUUGAAUAUGCAAAUGUUUGCAUAUGUACUUAAAAAGUCUUACAAGCUCAGACGGGAAGCAAAAAUAUUUCAAACUAGAUAGCUGAUAGUGCUGUGCUGCUUUGUAGUCAGAAGGCCUGUGAGCUCACCUAGCUAAAGGCAAAUACUUUCACUGUUAGUCCUUGCAAAUUCUACAGUGGGUCCCAAACAUGGCUUUUAAUUAAAAAGCACAAUAAUCUAUUCAAAUUAGAAAUGAUGGAAGCUGACAAGGACAGUACAUUUUUGCUUCAACUAGAAUAAACUAGUCUAUCUCCAGGAACUCUUGAGAUGGUCUUAAAUAUUUCUUAUUGGCUCCUUUUUCCUCACAUUUCAUUUUAUAAUAAUGAAACUCAUCAGCUUCUGAUGAUCUAUACCAUAUGUUAGCCAUUUAUACUCAGCAAAUGACAGCAUAAUCAAGUCCUUUUCUCUUACUGUUUUUUAAUCCAUAACCUCACCCAAUAAUUAAAAACAACAGAGCAAUCCUAUGCUUUUCGCAUGUGUUGAAUGGGUGCUGAUCUCAGAGCUGCGCUGGCGCAGUGUCUGAACAUCAGCACUCAAAAGCAGGAACGCGCUGGCUGAAGAUGAGAAGGAGCCCUGCGACACUGACUCUGUGCAAAUUGCUCCAAGGAGUGAGCAUCGGUGCUGGCCAGGUAGAAAGGAGGGAAAAAACCCAUGCUUUCACAUUUUAAGGCAUAAAUUCAGCUCCCUCUGAAGUGGGUACAGAGGUUUUUCCAAUUUGUGUUACCCACAACAUGAGCAGGUCUGCCUCAGUCUCAGUUUAGUGUCAGGUGUGCAUCCUAAUGUGGUGCUCCCCCUGCUUCCACAGGCAGACAAGUUUUGCGAUCCCAGACAAGCCUUUCCCUGUCUGAUUACUGUGAUCAAAGCAGGAGCAGGGCAAGUGACCACUGCCAGUGCCAUUAUUUUAUGUUAAAAUGAAAUGCUGGCCAUGCAUUUCCACUUGCUGAGACUGCCUUCUUAUUGCUGCAAUGUCCCUUUUGAUCCCCAGCAAGCACAGAGGGUUCUGAUCUGUACCCAAGCAGGACCGGGACGCAUGCCUAUCUUUGAGGCAUCAACGCUCCCUGCUCUGGUGAUUUGACCACCAGGUAGAAGAAAGUAGAUCUACUUCCAGGCAAGCUGGCUGGGGAUCUGAAGCUGUUUUAGCAAUUUAUUUACCCUCAUACCUAAGUGCAAGACAGCACUCAUUCACAAGCCUCACAGCACACUCUUGGCAUUUUGUAUUCUUUUGAUUUCUUCCAAGUGCAUAUGUGUCAACUGCUGUGUACUCAUAACACCCUGGUUUUAGAAGCUAUCCAGUGGUAGGAGGAAUAUAUGUAGUCCAGUUGUCUCUGCUGGUGGUCGUAGGAGUGCAUCUACCAAACAAAAUUGCUUAUGACCAUUGGGGUUUUCUAGUGAUAAAACCUAGCAGUAGAAUGACAGAGUGAGCAUUUUCCUUUUCUUCUCGGUUGGAUGAUAUUUUUAUACACUUUUAUAUGCAAUUUUUUUAAAUAUUUGCUAUUUUUAUUGUAGGGUUCUGGUUGGGUUUUUACCAGACCUUCUGGUUGUCUACAGGCCCAGAUUCUCACAGGAAUAUUUCCCUUCCCUUUUCUUCUCCCCCUUCUUCCCCGAUAGACAAAAGCCAUUGCAUUUGCAACAUGAGCUUAGAGCGAAGUAACACCUAGGGCCUGAUCACUCUUUUAGUUGCACUGAAAUCAAAGGAAGUUGCAUGCAAAGUCCUGCUGGUCCCACCACAGCAUCUGGGGCCAAAGACUAAAUAACCGAAACACAUACAGCUAAUCACAUGCAGGGCAAUCUGUGUAAAGCCAAUGCAUCAGGGUGGCACUGUCUUCCUUUGCUGUGGUAGGAGCUGCUUCCACCACAAUGUGUUUAAGUAACACCAUAUAUCUCUCUUCAUUCUGAUGAUGCUACUUCUUGUAGGCACUUCAAUCAAAGUCAUACCCUAGUGCACUGACUACCUUCAGCAGGGAGGAAGGGUGGACAUUGUGGCUUAUCUGUGACAAUAGAUUUCACUGCUCUUGUGGUUAACCCUACACUGACAGGUCCUAAACAAAGUUAAGAAACAUUAAACCUAUUGGUAGGAAGGAUAAGGGGAAAUUAACCAAAUUCAAGGAUCUCGGUCUUGUAAAAAGAACCUUUUCUCAGUUGGCAUUCUGCAGGGAAUUCUAUGUAUGAACAUAAACUUUAGAGUAUGUUUAUAUUAGCAAAACUGAUAAUGGAGAUGUCUUUAUUGAACUGAACUAAAACAAGCAACAGACACCUGUUCUCUAACAUUUUUCAAGGAAGAAAGAGGCAGGUUGUUAAAGCUAUUUUGCACCAGGGGAUAGAAAACAAGUUAAAAUACAUGCUGAAAGCAAAACUCAACGCAAGUUUGCUCCUGGGACUGGGUGGGUAGGGUAAUGAAAAAAAACCUAUUAUUUGGUUUGUUAAGACUCAUAAGGAAAAAAAAAAUGCAAAACCGAAAUGAAUGAUGCCAUGUAAUGCCAAGUAUUCUCAACUGUUCUGGGAAUAAUUUUAAACAAUAUGUAUUUAUUGUUAGUUCCUUAUUUGAAAGAAGAGGCUUGUGGUCUCUAAAUGUAUAAAACAUUUUUCAACAUUCCAGUUUUUCUGUAAUUGAGUCCAUGUAUGUUCAUCCUAUUACCAAAUAAAAACAAUGAGGUCUCCGCUCCAUUUGAAUUAAA